AUGUUCUCGAGGAUAUCACGCGCCCUUGCGGUGACGGCCGUCAUCCUGUCGGCAGUUCAAGCACAUACCGUUAUCACAUACCCGGGCUGGAGAGGAGACAAUCUAAUCACGAACGAGACAUGGCCAUAUGGGAUGCAAUGGAUGUAUCCUUGCGGCGGACACUUCACAACCACGAACCGCACCAAAUGGCCCAUAACCGGUGGCGCUAUCGCUAUUCAACCAGGAUGGUUUCAAGGACAUGCUACGGCGUUUUUCUACAUGAAUCUAGGCUUCGGCACAGACGGUCCUGAUCACGGUCCACCCAAUAUGUCCUUCCCCAUGGUGCCAGUCUUCCAAAUCGUUGGUCCUAGCAAGAAUCCCUACCCAGGAACCUUCUGCCUACCUCAGGUACCUCUUCCCGUGAACGCAUCUGUAAAAGUUGGCGACAAUGCCACCAUUCAGGUGGUAGAGACUGCUUUGCAUGGGGCGGCGUUGUAUUCGUGCGUAGACAUUACCUUCGCCGACCCGCUGGAUCCAGAAAUCAAUGAGGUCAACGCUUCAAACUGCUUCAAUAGUUCCGAUCUCGCAUUCAACAAUGUCUAUUCUAUCUCCGCUUCUGCCUCUUCAGCUCAAAGGACGAUGGAGGUUGCCUCAUUCCUACCUCUACUUGCCUUGGCGUUGUGGGCUCUUUUAUAA